AUGUCGUUCGCACUCGCCCCCGAAACACCCGCGACUGCACCCCUGUUUCGAUCGACCCAAAGCUACAACUUUUCCGCUAAAAGCUACACCGUCGGCACCCGUAAAUCCGCCCUCGCCCUCGUACAGACCCACCUGGUCGCCGACGCCCUGGCGCAUCUUCACCCCGGAACCUCCUUCCCCGUCGUCCACAGCACGACCAUUGGCGAUCGGAACCAAUCUACUCCGCUCCACUUGCUCUCGCCCUAUUCGUCCUCCCAGCCGGCGAAAUCACUAUGGACGGACGAGCUCGAGGCCCUUCUGGCCAAGGGGGACUUUGAUCUGCUAGUGCACAGUCUGAAGGAUGUGCCUACUACGCUCAAAGAGGGAUUUGAGAUCGCGGCGUGUAUGAAGAGAGAGGACCCGAGGGAUGCGUUUGUGGUCAGGGAGGGAUUGGGCUAUAAGCGGAUAGAGGACCUGCCGGAGGGGAGUGUGAUUGGGACAGGGAGUGUCAGGCGGGUGGCUCAGCUCAAACGAGCCUUCCCGGGCCUGAAGUUUGAGGAUAUGGCAAGCUGGCAUGCUCUCGAACCGCGCGGCAACCUCAACACCCGACUAUCCAAGCUCGACUCCCCUACUUCCCCAUUCUCUGCCCUUAUCCUCGCUACCUCCGGUCUGACGCGUAUCGGCCAGACCCACCGAAUCACCUGUCCCCUCUCCUCCCCCGUCCUCCUCCAUGCGGUUGGGCAAGGCGCACUCGGCCUCGAGAUCCGAUCGGGGGACCAAACGGCCCGCGAGCUGCUCCGCCGGGCGGGACACUGGCAGACUGAGUGGGCGUGCGGUGCAGAGCGAGGUCUCCUCCGUGUUCUCGAAGGAGGCUGCUCUGUCCCCGUCGGGAUAGAAACAACGGUGGAGGAGAUCCAGAAGGGGGAGCCGGGAUGGGAGAGCGCGGGGUACGGCGAAGAAAUCCUCAAGAGCUUGGACGGCUCGUCUCCCCUUAUCCACUUUUCAGGCGUUCUACCUAUCGAAACACCACUCCCCUCGCCGUCCGAUACGGCCGACACUGUCCGCUCCACCCUCCAACCACGCCGAGCACGGAUCAAGCUCCUCGCGUCAGUCACGUCUCUGGAUGGGUCGGUGCAUGUGUUGCAUGAGGCGCCGGAGGCUGUGGUGGCUAGCUGGAGGGGGGCGGAGAGGUGGGGAGAGGAGUGCGCGAGGCGGUUGAUUGAUCUUGGAGCGGGAGAGGUGUUGGAGGAUAUCAACAGGAUGAGGCGGGAGAGGGAGGAGGAGGAUCUCCGGAGGGCAAAAGAGGCGAACGGCGUCAAUGGGAAUGGGAACGGAAAUGGACAUGGACACGGGAACGGGGCGGAGGUGCAGAUGAGUGCUUAG